AUGUUCUACGUAUAUAUCAAUCCGGAGGAGGAAAUUAAGAGGAAAGGUGGUAGUAGGAAAGGUGGUAGUAGGAAAGGUGGUAGUAGGAAAGGUGGUAGUAGGAAAGGUGGUAGUAGGAAAGGUGGUAGUAGGAAAGGUGGUAGUAGGAAAGGUGGUAGUAGGAAAGGUGGUAGUAGGAAAGGUGGUAGUAGGAAAGGUGGUAGUAGGAAAGGUGGUAGUAGGAAAGGUGGUAGUAGGAAAGGUGGUAGUAGGAAAGGUGGUAGUAGGAAAGGUGGUAGUAGGAAAGGUGGUAGUAGGAACCGGAUGGUAGCUGGAGAUGGAUGUUAG